AUUGUCAGUGUCAGCUGUCACAUUGAUAGAUUCAAAAUCAAACAACAACAACAAAUCGAAUUAAUUUUGAUAUCUCAAAGUUGAAUAUAUUUAUUGAAGAAAAAAUGAUACGAGGAGAACAGAAAAUCAUUUCUGAAAAAGAACAACAGUCCUCCUUUGUUGCAUUCGCACAAAUGGAAGACUUGCUGGACAAAUUGAAACUGCUUAAUUAUGAAUCUGAAUUUUUGAGGGACCUUAAAAUAAAGCCAAUACACAAGUACUAUUUUGUAGUGAUCAAAAACCCAGGGGAACAAUUUUACCUUUUUUCGCUGUUGGCAGCAUGGCUUGCCAGAAAAAGCGGAAAGAAUUUUCCACAACCUCAGGAAUUUGACGAUCCAAAUGAAACCAUAGAAAAAAUAUUAAAACAGGUCAAAGAUAAUGGAAUGGCUGUUGAUUUUCCUCCGAGUAAAUUGAAACAAGGUGUAGGAGAACAAGUGGUUCAAGUUCUGGAUAAUCUAGCCAACUUGGCAAUUAAACAUAAUAAUAUUCUUUUGAAAAAGCCCAAACCACCGGAGGAGAAAGAAGAAGAAACUGAAGUUUUCCAAGACGAAUCAGAAAUAAACCUUGAUCGCGUUGAAGAGGAGAUGAUGGCAGCUUAUUCUGAUGAUUCGGAUGAGGAGAACAUCUUUCGGUUAGACNUUUAUCUGGAGGAAACCUCGAAUUUUGACCUAAUUCUGAUUUUUUUUCUAAGAAUGAAACACUAUUCCCCCCUGGUGAAUAUCAAGAAAGCCGUCGCCAAAGUAAAGGCAGAAAUAACCGAGAUGGACGUCAGAAUCGGUGUACUGGAGUGUGUGCUACUCCAGAUGAAAAUCAGCGAAGAGAAACAGAUCGAGAACGAGUUUGGACAAUCUAUUUCGGUGUUUUAGACCAGUCACUUUUAUUGUAUUCAUAUUCUAGUCAAACACGUCGCAUUUCGCGAAGGUUCUCUUGAAUGUAGGAAAUCAGUCAGGUUGGAACUAUUUUUACAUUGAUUUUGAAUAAAAAAUUUCGGUAUAUUUCCAA